AUGGCGGUUUCUCAGUGGGGCGGGGAUUACUACUUCUCUGAUUGGGCCAAACGACCGAUGACGUCAUCCUUCUUCGUGUUGUCAUUGGCUGGUCCGAGCCCCGUUAACGUUGCAUUACCGCCCCCUUGUGGUGCAACUGCCAACUUAGCAGUGUUAUGGGAACAGGUUUCCUGUUUGUGUGAAAGCCUAAAGCAGAAGGGACACAAGAAUACCAGGACCCGCACCGCGAAUCCCAGAGAGCAGAGAGCUGAGGCUUCAGGAGCUGCUGCCUCCUGCUUCUCUCUUUAUCAACUGAUAUUUGACUUUUUACUGAGAAUAAGGAAACGGAAAACCUCUCUCCUCCUUCUUUGUCAUCAUGUGAUCAUCUCCAUAAAAACUGAAUUUGCUGUGGAUUUAAUUUGUUCGAGUAUUUGUGAAAAUGUGGAGUUAUCAUCAAAGAAAGACUCUUUUCAUUUAGACCAGGUCCUCCACCAUGAGCCUGCCCUCCAGUUCGGUGGCAGGGCCAAGCUCUACAGCGACAGCUCCUCCACGGCGUCUCUGGACUCCAGUGUUUUCUUCAGUGAGACGACGACGUCCUGCGUCAGAGACCCACUCGACUUCUUCACCGUCAACGUUGGGGGGAGUCGCUACGUCCUGUCCCAGGAGCUGCUGGCGUCCUACCCGGAGACCCGGCUGGGGAAACUGGCCUGUUGCAGCCGAGACUCGGUGCUGGAGCUCUGCGACGACGCUGACUUUCUGGAAAACGAGUUCUUCUUCGACCGAAACUCACAGACCUUCCAGUAUGUGAUGAACUACUACCGGACAGGUCACCUGCACGUCAGGGAGGAGCUGUGCGAGAUCUCCUUCCUGCAGGAGAUUGAGUACUGGGGCAUCGACGAGCUUCGUAUCAACCCUUGCUGCCGCGAACGGUACUACCGUCGCAAGGAGCAGAAGGAGACCCUCGAUGUGCAGAGAGAGUUUGAGGCUGACGAUGGCGAUGAGGAUUUUGUGGGCGCCGCCUGCCCGGCUCUCCGCCGGCGCUUGUGGGACCUUCUGGAGAAACCUGACUCAUCACGAGCUGCUCGCACCUUUGGCUCGCUGUCAAUCUUCUUCGUGGUGGUGUCAGUUAUCAACAUGGUGCUCAUCUCUCUGGACUUAGGGGAGGACUUUGGUGUGAGCGAUGUUGGUUUUGGAGCGCCGGUGCUGUUCGACGCCCUGGAGUACGUGUGCGUGGUUUGGUUCACGGGUGAGCUGACUCUUCGGUUCCUCUGCGUGAGGGAUAAGUGUCGGUUCAGCCGCAGCAUUCCCAACGUCAUCGACCUCCUGGCCAUCCUGCCGUUCUACGUGACGCUGGUGGUGGAGAGCCUCCAUGGAGGAACCACCGAGCUGGAGAACAUGGGCCGCGUGGUGCAGGUCCUCCGACUCCUCAGGUCGCUCCGCAUGCUGAAGCUCGGACGACACUUGACAGGCCUGAAGUCUCUGGGUAUGACCAUCGCUCAGUGCUACGAGGAGGUCGGCCUCCUCCUCCUCUUCCUCGGCGUCUCCAUCUCCAUCUUCGCCAUGGUGAUCUUCGCUCUGGAGCAUGACAUCCCCGCCACCACCUUCACCAGCGUGCCGGCCGCCUGGUGGUGGGCGACCACCUCCAUGACGACAGUCGGCUACGGCGACAUCCGUCCUGACACGGCCGUGGGGAAGGUGCUGGCCUUCCUCUGCAUCCUGUCCGGGAUCCUGAUCCUGGCACUGCCCAUCGCCAUCAUCAACGACCGCUUCUCCACCUGCUACUUCACCCUGAAGAUGAAGGAGGCGGCGAUGCGGCACGGCGAGAUGCUCAAGAGGCUGGCCCGCGGCUCAGUGGGAGGGGAGGUGGGGGAGGGAGGCGUUGGGGGAGGCGUGAACCUGAGGGACGCCUACGCCAAGAGCGUCCUGGAGAUGCUGAGGCUGCAGGGGCGAGAGAGGGCGAGCACCCGGAGCAGCGGAGGAGAGGAACUGUGGUGGUAGAAACCAGGAGCUGACACUUGGACCAGAACCUGGUGACCAACCAAGUGACAAGUAAUGAAGUCAAUGUGUUUCGCCUCAGAGAUUAAAUCCAACAUGAUGUAAAUUUGUUAACUGAUUGAUGACAGAAAAUUAAUCAAUAUCAGUUUUGGUUAUUGAUCAUUUACCGAAGCAAAAAGUCAAAUAUUCUCUGGUUCCAGCUCCUUAAUGUGAGAUUUUAUUGCUCUUCUCUUUGGAAACUUUGGAUGUUUGUUAAAAGCUGUCGUCACUUGUUAUUGUUGUCUGAUGUUUAAUAAACUGAAUGAUCACUGUAUUGGUCCAAUUAUGAGACAGUGUUUUUGGAUUUAAACUCUUCACAUUUUAUGCUGUGAAACUGAAGUGUGCAAAACUUUCUUUAAAGAAAAACUUAAAUCCCACAUCAGUUACUCUCCUGUCAGACUCUCUGAGCUGUCAGAAUGAUUUUUUCUGGUUGUUAGCAUUUUUCAAAACUUUCUUUCUCAGCUUCUCAUUGUGACGUCCUCUGACAGCAGGAGGUGAUUCAGUCUGUUUCUGCAGAAAACGACUCGUUUUCAUCUUUCAUGGCAGAAAAACAUGAAACUUCCACCAGUUAAACUGAGCUAAUGAGACACUUUAAAGGCUCAGGAACUCUAAAAUUCUCAAAUAUACUUCCUCAUAUUCAGGCCAAUAUUGUGACUGAUUAAUUGAGAUGAAAUAAUGAAAAGCAGCUCUGAGCAGCGUAAAUAAGACGCAGGAUUCACAUGCUCAGUUAAACGCUGCAAAACGUUUCUGUGGUUGUUGAAUUU